AUGUCCCUCAAGAAUGACAAGUUCCCUGCUUCGGCCGCGUUCGACACCAUCAACGAGGCCCUGAACGCUACCGACGCUGACCGCAAGGACGCCAUCAAGCAGGGUAAUGGCAUCUACGCUUUCACACUGAAGAACAAAUCCGGCGAGACGGAGAGCUGGCACAUCGACCUGAAGGAGACAGGCAAGGUUGGCAACGGCCUUGGCACGAAGCCCAAUGUCACACUGGCUCUCGCCGAGGAUGAUUUCGCCAACCUGGUCACGGGCAAGGCCAAUGCCCAGCGCCUGUUCAUGUCGGGCAAGCUGAAGAUCAAGGGCGACGUGAUGAAGGCUACCAAGCUGGAGCCCAUCUUCAAGAAGGCCCAGGGCAAGGCGAAGCUGUAG